AUGGAAAAGAAACUGCUCGUCUUAUUCUUGCUUGUCACCGGCUGGCUUUCAGUUUGCUGGGCUACUCGAGGAGGCUUUAGGAUCUGCUUUAAAGAAACUGAACGCAGCUCACAGUGUCAGGGACCAUCACACACGUGCAGUGGCUGGAGCUACAGUCCGGCAUGGUCUCAACCAUUUCGAGACGAUACCGACAAUAGAGGUGGAGGCUGCCACUACCAAUGGAGAAUUGAAGCACAGGGGACCAUCGACCCGAAGAUGGAGUAUCGCCUCUGCUUUAGGGAGACAGAAGGGAGCUCACAGUGCCAAGGAAUAAGGAGCUCGUGCACUGGCUGGACGCCCUGUCCUUCCUGGACCAGUCGGUUCAGAGAUGACACCGACAACAGGGCUGGCGGAUGUCGUUACGCUUGGAAACUCGAGUCACGUUCUCCUAAGCCGAAGAAGCCUAUUCAGGUGUGUCGUGUAUGCUUUAAGGAGGUUGAGGGAAGCUCUCAGUGUCAAGGAAAGCGCCAAAGCUGCAGCGGAUGGAGUGCUCCAGGCGCGAAUCCCUCAUGGACCUUGCCUUUCCGUGAUGAUACUGACAACCGUAGUGGAGGUUGCAUCUACCAGUGGUUUCUCGAUUGUACCUCGAUGAUAACUGCCAUCUUCUGUCCAAGAGAUAGCCCAUGUAACUAA